GUAUAAGUGUUUGACGUUUAUAGAAAUGUAUUUUGGAGUAAAUUGCAGGUCUUUACCUCUACUCUCCGCCUCUUUAAGUCUGUCCUUCAUCUGACUCCUCGGUUUGCACAGCAGCCUGUUGUACUCUGACCCACAUUUUAUUUGGCAAUUCUCACCAACCACUCGGUCGCCGGUCGCUGUGCGCAAAAGGAGCCGCUUGGAAAUGUAGCUGUUCUCUUUUACGCACAGCGAGGUCUCCAAACAUGGACUUAAAAUCCAAGCUCCUCAAGUCCAUCUGGUACGCCUUCACAUCUCUGGACGUCGAGAAGUGCGGUAAAGUGUCCAAAUCGCAGUUAAAGGUGCUUUCUCAUAACCUGUACACGGUACUGAACAUCCCACACGACCCCGUGGCUCUGGAGGAGCACUUCCAGGAUGAUGACGACGGGCCGGUGUCUAAUCAUGGCUACAUGCCCUACCUCAACAAAUACAUACUGGAUAAGGUCAAAGAGGGAAUGUUUGACAAGGAGAAGUUCGACGAUCUGUGCUGGAUGAUGACUAUGAAGAAGAACUUCAAGGGGUUGCCAAAGGGGGCGCUGCUAUCCGAAAGAGACUGUUUCAAGCUCUUCUGUUUAUUCAACCUCCUGUCAGAGGACCGCUACCCACUGGUGAUGAUACCAGAGGAGGUGGAGUAUCUCCUCAAGAAAAUCUCCACGGCGAUGAGCCAGGAGUGGGAUGGGAAGCCAUUAGAGGACUUCAUAUCCCAGGAUGCCGCAGUGUGGGAAUGUGACAUGUCUGUAUGGACCUUCCUGGAGCACAUGGGUGCGGGCCGGCUGUUGAGGGUCACCAGUGCCGAGUCCUUCAGUCUGGCUCUGGAUGAGGUCUUUCUGGAGAUGUAUCACAACGUCCUCAAGAGGGGUUACAUGUGGAAAAAGGGGCAUGUACGCAGGAACUGGACUGAGCGUUGGUUUGUGCUGAAGCCCUCCUCCAUGGCUUACUACGUCAGCGAGGACUUAAGGGAAAAGAAGGGGGAGAUCCAGCUGGAUAAGAGCUGUGUCGUAGAGCCGAUUGCAGACAGGGAGGGGAAGCGAUGUAUGUUAUGUGUGAAAACUCACAACAAAAGUUUUGAGAUGAGUGCGUCCGACCAGAGGCAGAAGGUGGAGUGGACUCAAGCUAUUCAGACAGCCCUCCGUCUCAUGAGAGAGGGCAAGUCCUCUCUUCACCAAGAACUCAAACUGAAGAGACGGGUCCAGCGGGAACACAGUCACCGGGAGCGCAGCCGGAGCGCCAGGAGCAGCUGCAGCAGCCGGAGCAGCCAAUCAGACGACUCCAACAUGCAGGAGAUGGAGAAGAUGGAGAAGGAGAAAGACAAACAGGAUUUAGAAAUAGAAAGCAUCAUACAGCAUGCACGUGAAUUAGAAACCAAACGAAGGGAGGCUGAGGAAAAAGAGAGGAGGAAACAGAAGGAGGUGCAGAUGGAUCUGGAGAGACAGCUGAAAGAGGCUGAGACGUUGAGAGACAGCAUGCAGGCAGAGAUGCAGGAGAAGGAAAAGGAGGCUGAGCAACAGAAAAGGAGGAUCCAGGAGUUGGAGCUGACGCAGCAGAAACUGGAGGCCGCUCUAAACUUGGAGAUCCAGGCUCGGCUGGAGGAGGAGAGGGCCAGACUGGAGCUGGAGAGGUUGUUGCAGGCGGAAGAAGCGAAGAAGAAGCAGUUCCAGCUGCUCCAGGAGCAGCAGAGGGCGCUGCAGUGCCUCAGCCCCAUCCUGGAGGCCUCAGACAGCAGUCCAGACAACCGCAGCCCCUCAGCUCUUCACUCGGCCUCCCAGGAGCUCCAGGAUCUGCAGAUUUCUCGCCAGAGGAGCCACCAGCACCUGGAGGAGUUACAAGAGAAGCUGAGAGAUGCCAGUCAACACGUACGACACUGGAACGUCCAGCUGAACCGCUUAAUGACACCCAUCAGUCCUGGAGAACGCUUGGAACAUCACCUAUUAUCAAAACACAUGUGUCCCAAAAAGGAAGGAGCCCUGGCAAGUAACGAGUUCAUCUCCAAAUUCAAGAUAAGAGCCGAUCAGAACAGCCAGACGCCAGAAGACAGCGAGACGCUGGAGGAGCAGAUGGAGGCCGCCAACCUGUCGGAUGGAUCGGACGUAUCACAGAGAAAACCAAAUGGACAAAUGUGAUCCGAAAGGUCGACCGUUCCAAAUCUAAUUCAUCAUUUGUUUAAGACGGGAAGGUGGAGAGUGGAAGGAGAAAAGCUAUUCAAAAUACAUAAAAGAAUCUGUACAAUACAGUGUUGUAUUAUAUUUAUAUUUUUGAAAUGCACACUUAGAUGGAGAGCGAUGAGGACAAGCACAAUGUGAUGCAGGAUUUAAUGAAAACACAUUUGACUUUGAAGAUCAACGGAGAUUUAUCAUUUUGUGAUAUGGGUCAUUUCUGUGGGCAACACAUUUGAAUUACCACAACCUCUCUCCAAAUAAAUAUCUCUGUUAACAUUAUUAACCCAGUUCUGUUUGUAAGUAAUACAUCUGGCAAAGAUUUUUCUUUACUUUUUUAGGUUUACUUUCUUGGGUGUUCUUCAUGCGGUAUCUUUACUC